AAGUGUCCUACGGUAAAAUCCAAAACCAGAUACGUGAAGCUCGUGAAUCAAAGCGGGGCGAGAAUCACAUACGUUACCGCGUUACCGUUGUGCGCGGUGUUGUGCUAACGCGGAGUGAUUGUCGCAAAUUUCACCAUCGUUCCUGCUGGUGUGUCGCAAACGUCGCAUACGACUAACUGCGAUUGUCCAUCGCAAAAUCCGAUUCGCAAUAUUCCAAUUGAAAUUUCGUUUGGGGACGACGUUCGACCAGGGACGAAUGCAUUACAAACAAUUUUGGAAUCACAAUAUUUAUUUUUUGCAUAAAUAAUCAAGCACGAUCACGCGUUACGCGCGCACUACACACGGAUCAUGGUAAAUAAUAUUGAAGUAAAGCAAUUGUUCAAUUACAGCAGAUUUCCAGACACAAAUGCUCUGCUGCUAUUGUAUCUACCAUUUGGAAUAUUACUUGUGCUAGUGCGAUUAAUACUAUUGCUCAUUGUUCUACUACUAUCCACAGUACUUCCAAAAGUUAAAUUCUUGCAAGUCAUCUAUCAAAAAUUGCUGUGCGUGACGUUUGGCAUUUCGGUGAAUGCCGAAAAUAUAGAGAGGAAGGAACAUGUUGAUGCCUAUGUGGGAAAUCAAGUUUCGGCUUUAGAUAGUUUUGUAAUUCAUAUUUUAACACAAUGUAUAACUCCUGCUGCUACUCUUGAUACACAGUUAUCAAAAUUGUUUGGGCAAAAGUUUCUUGGACCCUUAACCAACUUGGAAAGUCUGAAAAACAAUAUUGCGCAUUUUAACACAAGAUGUAAGGCUUCCUUGUUUCUGCAACCAGAAACAUCUGAGACCAAUGGCAAAGGUUUACUCAAGUUUAAUGCUUGGCAAUUCUCACUUGCUAGUAAAAUACAGCCAGUUCUUAUUGAGACAAGGCGUCCCGUUUUUAACAUCGCAAUUAGCACGAUUGACUCGAGCUACUGGAGCAAUUUAUUCUAUUACAUGUUUUCGCCUAUGACGGUGUACAGAAUUAGGUUCUUGCCGUCGGUGGAGAAGAAGGCAUUCAGUGAUGAUGAGUUCUGCAAUAAGAUACAGCUUGACAUGGGCAAGUCACUCAAUGUUACGGCGACGCAGUACACGGCGAAAGACAUGAAAGAGUAUCAAAAGAGAUAUGUUAUAGAGCAACAGCGGAUACAGAAUGUGCCAGUGCGCAAUGCGCAGAUGGCGGUGAUAAACGCCGAAAUACAGAGGAUGGGAAGACAAGUCAAGGAGGUUUUGCCUAUGGUUCCCCUUAACGUAAUUUACCGAGAUUUAGCAAAGACAAGAAAUAUUGAUGUAACAAUAACGAAUAUUCUGGAAGGACUUGUUACGUACACGCCGGAAACUCUUCCUACUCCGUCGACGGGCACGUCUUCCUCAUCGUCGCAAACGCGCUCUUCGACUCCAAUCCGCGUGCCCACCGUGACGGCCAACAACAAGGACCCAUUUAACACGGCGGCGUCGACAUUCGGCAAGUCAGCCAAUGAACGCACGCUCUCUUUUCAGGAACGCAAGGCUCAGUUAAUCGCGAACGCUCGCCAACGAUAUAUAGAAAAGCACGGUCUCAACUUGGCACUGAACAAUUGUUGAUUUCCUCCAACACACUUUAUUGUUCUCGUCGGUUUCACUGGAAAUACACAAAAUAUACCCCUAGUUUUGUCAUAUUAAUGAAAUUCGCAAGUCGCAAGCGCUUAGCGUCAAUACAUAAAUCAUAACAAAAACAAAGAGACGCAGAUAGGCGUAGUCCAGCAUAGAACUCUGAACCCAAUCUAAUUAAGUGAAUAUUACGUACAUUCAAUAUUUGUUUCCAACCUGUAACAGAUUUACUAAUAUUUCUUGUAAAUAUCGACUUCCGCGAGAAAAAAAAAACGAAAAUCAUUGCAAACGUUUCUAGUUUCUUUUAUGAAGAGAGAACAGGAAAUCAAAUACUGAACUGAAAUAUGAACUACAGAAUACUUGUUUUAUUUACUUUACAUUGAUGGUAAUCAAUUUUUAAAAACUAAUCUAAACAUAGUUAACUUAAAUAACUAAGUGAUAAUUCUAAUAACAACAGAUAGAUUUGUGAUUUAGCAACGAAGCGGACUGCCAAAUUAUUUAUUUUCAUAGCAUGUUUAUUUGCUAGUUCAACUUUUACGAAUCCUCUUUUAUUAUCCUUGGACUUGAGAUUUCUGCUGUUUGGUUUCAUUGUAGUUUAAUCAAAGUUUUUUUCUUAGAUUGUUGAAUUAUUAAAUUAAAAGUUGUUGCGUCUUUAUUAAAGGCACUAUAAAACUGA